GUUGUCUGCAUAAACAACAGUGUUACAGUACAGCUGAUCACACCCUACUCACAUUUAUUUUGACGACUUAACGUUUAAAAUGUUUUGUGUUUACUGUCAAGUGAUGUUCUGAAAUUUCUACUGGAGGCGGGGCAGCAACAAGCUAGUUGAUAAUGGCAAGAGUUAGUCAGACCAUGACUCACGGUUAGAUUGCACGGACCUCAACUAUGCAUUGGCUGGGCCCUGUUCAGAAUAAGAAUAACUGCCAACACCCUUUUACUACAUUCCUAUUUUGUAUAAUGAAUUUUAUAAAUAAUGGAGAAAAGAACAAGAUUUCCAUCCCUCACAGUUUGACAGUUUGACAGCUUUAAAUCACUGAAUUAGUCCCUAGAAAUGGCUGUUACAUAUGCAGAUCUUGUAGCUUUUGGAUUUGCUUAUGUAGAGGAUAAUGUAUCAGCUAAUUUUAAGAAACAAAGAUUAUUUAACAAAAACAUUCCUACCCCUCUUCUUUCAUCAGAGGAUAUGUGUCUAUGUGAAGAAGAAGAUUUUAUUAUAUUUGCUGAAUUCUCUGAAGUAAAAGGCCCUGUUGCACUGUUCACAGUGCCGUCAUAUGUUCAAUAUGAUGAAAAGAUUGAUGUAAAUAGUUUCAUUAUGCGAAUAAUGUCAGUUGACUACCAAGCAAACCCAGGGGGUCAAUUUUGCAUCUGUCAAGACACCCAAACUCUUCAGACUCAUGUUUCACACACACGUCAUGCUUAUGUGCAUUACUUCACCCUCUAUGAUCUACAUGCAAGAGGAUUUGUCCGCCCUCUUUGUGUUGCAUAUGUUAGCUCAAACAAUCAAAAACUGUCUAAAAUAUUUCCACAGUUGAGGGAUCAAUUUUUGCAGCUAACAGAAACCAUUAAGGUGAAUAAUCGUCAGCAUUUUAGGAAUGAAAUAUUAACUGUUUUAUCAAAUAUAAAAAAUAUGCAAGCCAGCUAUAAUGAUACAACUCAAGAAAAGAGUGGAGACAAUCUUGCAGAUAUCACAUCAAACUUGAGUAUUCAGCAAGGACAUUCGACACAGCAAUUUGAGGAAUUCAGUUUUAUGCUGAAUGCUGUUGAAGCCUCAUUGGUUAACGUUGAUUAUUCUCUUUCUGCUGUUGACCAUUGGCAUAAUGCCUUUACAUUCAGUAAUGAGUCUCCUGCUCCAAAAGAAAUUCAGGACUAUCUAACGCUCAUAUCAUCAACAUCAUACAGAAGACAAGUGAACUUGCAUGACAACAUUUGUAUGUUGGAGAAACAGCUGCGCCCAAUACCUGUCCUCUCUCCUUGGGGCAUAGCUUCUGCCCUUUCAUUACUGUUAAAAAUACUUCAUCUCUUUGGAUCUUGCGAGCUCAGUGCAUCUCUGGGUCAUUUCCCUUCAAUUUCUUUUUCACAGAGUGACCCUGCAUCGAAAAAGGAAACACAUAACUCAACUAAUGCUUGGGAAGCUAUUGAAAUACCAGAGUACCUUCAGCUACUUAAAGCCAUUUCUAUAGGAUCCGUAGAUGCCUCUAUGCCAUCCUAUGAUGAUCAAGAGUGUGACCAAGUGGAAAGAUCCAGUUCUAAGGAGGCAACAAGUGGCAAUGAAGGGAGCAGCAGCUAUCAUUCCUUCAGUGAUUCACCCUCUGAUGCUGUCUUACCUCCCUCACAGAAAAAUAGUUCUCUCACCUCUUCAAUUCAAGCUUCUUCUGAUUUAUCUUCAGACAAUGCCUUGGGGUCAAACCAAAAGAGAGUAGUUUCACAUGAAAGUGUCCAUACAAUCACAAAUAUUUCAGUGAGCUCUUCUCAACCAGAGUGCAGAGAGGAUUUUCAUUCGAUACUUGAUAGUUCAUCUCAAAAUUGCAUCUCUGCAGAUACUCUUAAUCAUUCUAGUGAAAAUGGAGUUCAGUAUUCAAGUAGUGACAGUAGUAGCAGCAAUGGCAGUGAAAGUUUUCAUGAUAUUUUAGAAGCACUUCACAGUGAUGAUAACUGGAGCAUUGGCAGCACUGAGGAAACAUUGCCACUUGGUGUUGCUUGGAAUCAUUGUCUCUGGACCCGGCAUAAGUUAACUGCCAAGUCAGGUCAUCGACUUCUGAAGUUCUUUUGGACCUAUAGAUCAGCUGCCCAACAUGUUAUAUACUCCAUACUUACUGGCAGAACCCUUGUUUUAACUGGUGACUCCUCAUCAGAGCGCAGAGUUCAGCGCGUUAUGAGUGCCUUGAGUCCUCUCAUACCACCACUGGAUGAGAAUGGUCUUCGUGUGUUGAGAUGGCACCAGGGCAUUUUGGUGAGUGCUCAUAUUGCAAGUUAUCAACUAAUUGGAAUGUGUAUUCCAGAAAGACUAUCCAUUCAUGAUAUGAUCAGUCCCAGAGAUAAAAAUAGUGUAACAAUCUUAGAUGUAAAUUCUGAGCAGUUACUUGGUCCAGCUUAUCAUGGGCGUCUCCUUGCCGCAAUUGGUAAUAAUGUCCGUGAUUUUCCAAGUGAUCAUAGCUUGCUGCUUUUCAUGGAAAGUGUACUUAAAGGAAUUGGAAGUAAACUCCAGUCUUACAAAGCAUUAGUAGCUGCAUGUCAUAAUGAAUUGCCAAGUCAUGCUUGUCGGCAACUGGAGUUACAUGGAUGUGAUGCAGAUAUCAUACGUUAUCUUAGCAAGUUGACUCUUUGAGUCAUUGAUUUGUGGAGGAUGAUUUUGCCCUCUUUAAGAAAUUUUGAUGCCUGUGAUCUUUAUGUUUGUUUGCUUAGUUUCAGUUGACUGCCUAUACCAGGGCUUCUUAAAUUGUUAGGGAAUAUUAGUUAAUCUAGUUUUAAAUUUGACUUAUUUUUUGAUGAAGCAAAGUAUUUUAUGUGUGACAAUAAUACUGAGAACUAGCUUUUUGUAUUGAUUUUUGUUUUAUAUCUAAGUCUGUGUCUAAUUUUUUAUACAUAUAUUUUACUAUUGUAUUUUAUUACACCACAAUAUUUUAAAUGUGAUCUAUUUUAAGAGCUAAGAGCAAUUUCCUUCCAAAGUAUUAAGAAACAAAUCCAGUAUUUCUAUCCUCACUGUUGGAUGAUACUUGGUUUUGGCCAUUAGAAUUGCUGUCUCUAUAAUAUUUAGUCUGUUUAAAGCUAUGCACGUCACAUAAGGUUUUACUAAAGAAACAAAUAUGUAAUAGUUACAUUUUAUUCAUUAUCAGUUAAUGCUCAUCACAAUUAUAUACCAAAAGAUGGAAUAAACCGAAUCAUUAAACAAAGUAUUGUUCAUUGCGGUACAGAACUGCAUUUGUUCCUGAAUUUACAAGAAGCCAGUAAUGAAAAAAAGAAAAAUUACAAAGAUAUUU